GAAAUAUUUCAGGCCCACCGAUUUCUUUGCACUGUGGAAUUGUAUUGGAAUCUGACCUUACUCUCUUUUGAUGAUCCUGGCUUUGUAAAGCAUGUACAGGAUGAUGUUGCUUUGCUAUUAAAUGAAGCCCAAGUACAAAUAAAAUAUGUGCAGAUUGGUUUGACUCUUUAAAGUAGACCUGGGAGUUUUAGGUCUGGAGGUGUGGAUAAUCCUUCCUGUGCCUGGUCACUCUCUGGACUGUUUGUGGUACUCAAGGAGCAUUUCUUCUACCCCUUGUUUUGCAGCACAAAUUUCUGAUCAGUUUUCAAAGCAUGAAUUUCUCUGUCAUAGAAGAUUCUCCUAGUGAAUGACUUUCAACCCAAAUAAUUGAUUCCUUCAUGUUUAAAGAUCUGUUUUACUAAAUACUAUUAGAAAACUGGCCUCCACCUUUAAGAGUAUCUUUUGUGUACUGGUUAAUAUUGGACCUUUGCUUGGCAAACUGACUUUGAGACAUUUUCAAUAAUGUGAGCAAAGUAGUGCAUGGUCAUCUUUUUGGUAUGUUGUGUCUGUGAAUAGUAUCUCGUGUUCCCUAUCUUUAGACAACAUCGUGUCACAUUGGGGCUAGGGGGAACUGUUAAUAGAUCAGCUGCAAGGGAACUGAACUAAAUACCAGCAGGUUGUAACCUGAAUUCUAACUUGGUAUGUUUGGUCUGUACCUUUGAACAAAUGACCUGGCAAUUUUCUGUUGGUGGUGUGUAUUGUCAGUGUUUGGUGUCUCAUAGUUCCUACACAAAGUGCUAAAUAAACUCUGCACCGCUGUAUUGCUGUUGUCACAUUUAAAUAAAGCCUCCUGUGAAUAGCAACUUGUCCCUCCUCACUUUUUAUUCCGUAAUUUAGAUUAUUGUGCAGCGAAGUAGCUUUUCUACAAAAGCAGUGUUGGGGCAAGGUGUGACACUGAGGGGGGACCCUGUCUGGGGCAGGAGCUGCUGUUGGGCUGCAGGUGACACUGAGAGCUCCAAGAGAAGGAACACCAGCCAUGCCACCACUCCUGGAGCAGGCACUGCACCUCCUGGGAAUCACCUCUGCCUCCCUGGCCUCUCCAGCAAUAUUCACCUUGAACCUGGGAUUUUCUUCAGCAUUUUCCUGCACUCCCUGAGGAGAUACACAGCCCUGGAGCAGGGGGAAGACAACAAAUGUACACAUGCUCUUGUGAACUUCUGUCUGGACCUUACUGCUACCAGAAACCUCCAGCUUGGCAAUAGACACCUGGAUUUGUGUUUGUAGGAAGAAAAAAGACCUGCUCAGUCUCCCACAGUGCCUCCACUUCUCUCCUAGCUUCUGUCACACUGCUUUGGUACUACAGGUGGGACAGUGUUGCAGAACUACUUUCCUGGAAACCAUCAAAAUUUUCAGUGUUUAUGGAUAUUCUGAUGAAGUAGUUAAGUAUGAUGGCAAAUAGAUUCUCUCCAGAGCAGUGUGUUUUGAUACCUGUGUGCUCUGUUCACCAUACCCAUGGUGGAAUCAGGCUGUGAUUGUUGUGAACUGUGAUUUCAGGAGGAUGAUUGUGUCACACUAUGGUUUUAGAGGCUUGUUGGUGAUGGGCAGCUCCAGGCCAAUUUUAAGUAUUGUUUAGAAACUUGUGAAGGCAUUAAUGUGACCCAGAAGGAUGAUGUUACUGUAUCAAACAAUGCCUUUUAGCACUGUUACCUGAACUUUGUGGUUGAAAAGAGCUUUUCUAUCUGAAAGGCAGGAAUCUGCAUGAGCAAGGCUUUUUUGGAAUUGUGCAUUGAGUUUUUCAUGUUACACAGAAAGAGCUGCUCCUCCUGCUCCAGGUAACUCUGGUCUGGUUUGUCAUUUAUCAUGGUCUAGUCAGGCAUGCAAAGAUCUUUGGAAACAUCCCUGUGAAAUAUUAAAAAAAAAGAAAAUCAUUGCUUUAUCUGAGUGACUGCAAUAGAAAGUUUCUGUAACAUUUGUUUUUCAGGCUGCAGUGAGAGAGUGCAGUGUGUCCAGGCAGUGACCAGGAGGACAGGAAGAUCCAUAACAUGGUGGCAGUGCUGGAAGUGAUCUCCAGCCUGGAGAAAUAUCCCAUUACCAAAGAGGCACUUGAGGAAACCAGACUCGGGAGGCUCAUCAAUGAGGUGAGGAAGAAGACAUCCAAUGAGGAACUUGCCAAACGUGCCAAGAAGUUGCUGAGGAAUUGGCAGAAGUUGAUAGAACCCGUAACCCAGAACGAGCCGGUGCCAAGGGGGCUGCCCAACCCGCCGGGAUCAGCGAAUGGAGGUGCUCACAACUGCAAACCAGACUCACAACUUCCUGCUGUGCCCGGCGCCAAGCCCAUCAGCGAACUGAAAAGCAGGAAUGAUAUCCAGAAACUAAAUUCUCCAAAAGCUGAGAAACUGGGAAAUAGGAAAAGGAAAGGUGAUCACAGGGACGGGCAUCAGGGCCCUCCUCCCGCAAAGGUCUCCAAAGCUAGUCAUGAAGUAUUACAAAACUCUUCACCCCCUCCAACCAAUGGAAUUGGAGGUAGUCCUGAAAAUUUUCCUAGUCCUGUAGACAUAAACCUACACGCAGGGCCUGAAAGCAGCAGGACAGAUCUCAGUGAAAACGAUAAACACAAUAAGAUCCCAGUAAAUGCUGUAAAACCUCACACCAGUUCUCCAGGACUUGUAAAACCUUCAAGCACUUCCUCGUUACUAAAGACUGCAGUGCUUCAGCAACAUGAUAAAUCGGAAGAAGCCACGGGCCCCCACCAGCCCAAGAGCCCACGCUGCUCCUCCUUUAGCCCCAGGAACGUUAGGCAUGAUACUUUUGCUCGGCAGCACACCACGUACUCACCAAAGGAUUCGAUGCCCAGUCCAUCUCAGAGGUCUCAGUUCGCAGACGCCGCGCCGGUGCCGUCGCCGCCGCCAUCCCUGAUGCAGCCAUCCUCACCUCCCGUGCCAGCCAAGAGACUGGAGUUCCCUCCUCAGGCGGCCCCCGAGGCGGCGCAGCACUGGCAGGAGCAGCAGGGAGCCCCCGAGGGCCAGCACAGGCACACAGCAGGGACACUUCAGCAGCACACGGCUCCCGGCUGCAAAGCCCAUCCCGGGGAAUCACACGUGGGCUUCCCGCAGGACACUUCCAGAAUGGACAGUGACGAUGCUGCUUCAGGGUCUGAUAGCAAAAAGAAGAAAAGGUACCGACCCAGAGACUAUACAGUCAACUUGGAUGGGCACGUGAUAGAAGGGGGUGUGAAACCUGUGAGGUUAAAAGAGAGAAAACUCACUUUUGAUCCCAUGACAGGACAGAUAAAACCUUUAACACCGAAAGAUCCUUUGCAGGUAGAAAUCCCUGCACUUACUGAACAGCACAGGACAGAAACAGAAAAGCAGGAGCAAAAACCCAACCUGCAAAGCCCCUUUGAACAAACGAACUGGAAAGAGUUGUCCAGAAAUGAAAUCAUUCAGUCAUAUUUAAACAGACAGAGUAGCUUGCUGUCUUCAUCAGGAGUACAGACUCCAGGAGCUCACUACUUCAUGUCUGAGUAUUUAAAGCAGGAGGAAAGCACUAGAAAAGAGGCUAGAAAGACUCACGUUCUAGCUCCUAACAGCAAACCUACAGACUUGCCUGGGGUCACCAGAGAGGUCACGGGCGAUGACCUCGACAGAAUACGUGACCACAACUGGCCAGGCGUGAACGGUUGUUAUGACACACAGGGUAACUGGUAUGAUUGGACACAGUGCAUAUCCUUAGAUCCACACGGGGAUGAUGGGAGAUUGAACAUCCUGCCUUACGUCUGCCUAGACUGAGAGCAGUUCUGCUAAGCACGCUUUUUACACCUGCACUUAGCAGAACUGGCAGACACGAUGCCACUUCCAGCUGGAGAGAGCCUCCUGUCCUGGACAAACAGGCCCCACGAGCAGAGGGGGGGAGGGAGCUGGGCCUUUCCAGCUCGUUCCUUUAAAUUCUCCUUUUGUGAAAUGCUGCUACCAGUUUACUAACAAUUGCAAAGGAAGGCAUACGAAGGUUUGAUCAGUUGAGUUCAAAACUCUAUAGCAAGCCAGCUAUAAAAAGUGUUAGUCCCCAAGAAGUGAAGAGGAUUUCCAGCACUUUCUGAAUGCCGGAAUCUUAUUACAGGCAGGUACAGAGAAAAAUUUUGGAAGUUACCUUAACAAAAUAUGCAUCUAUUUAUUUGACUUGAUUUGGGUUUUUAUUUGGCAGUGAGAUAUUCGAGAGACAAUGUGCAAAAACUGUAGUUUUAUUUCUAUCACAUCUCUGAACAUGAUUGAGUUAAGAGUCAUGUGGUACGGAGAUUGGGUUUUAAACAGCAGGUGUUGCACUGCAGGCUGGGCCACCAGCUUCAGCUCAACAUUCCAUAGGCAUCCACAUAUUUUAGUCUGGUUUCAGUUUAAAUCCAGUCUCUGAGAAAUGCUGCAAAAACUAGAUGUUUAAUGAUAUUUUUUGAUCCCACCACCACCAGCCAAAUAUUUUUCCUCCUUUUCCCUUCCUGCAAACUUAUAGGUAAAAAACAAAAAGACAAAAAAAAACCAAAAAGACAGAAAGAAAAAAAAAAAAGAAAAAUCACCUUUUCUAGAAUCUAAAUGUAAUGAGGGUGCUACAAGUUUGUAACUGUACUGUGAGAGGGAAAAAGGAAGCCUGUUUGUAUGCUGGAAAUAUACUUGUUACCAUUCCUUUAGAUAUUGUUUGCCUUAUGGAUAUCCAUCAUAAACGCAAUUUGCAAAAACAAAGAGCCUUAGUGAAUGUACAGUAACUAGACUUCUGUGUUCCUGGGAUGCAGAAGGGAGCAACUUUGCUAUUUGGUCCUUUAAGUGGACACGUUGUGAUAUAAAUGUGGAAAUAAAAAAAAUUUGCACAAA